CCAACAAGAUCAGGAUAAAUCCGCAAACAUUGAAUCCAGGUGACGGUGUACUGUGACCACCUGCUGACCGCUCACCGCCCCUGCGCCGUGACUGGCCGGUUGGGUCCCAGUUUCGCUGAUUGACACCCCAGCUCCCGCUCUCGCGGCUCUAGAGAGUCUCCUCUCUUCAGUUUACCGGUUACUACAACCGAGGAAACAAAUCGGCUGAAGGAGGAAUGUGACACACCAGAAAUCCACGAAACUAGAAACUAAAUACAUUUAGUGCCAAUUUAUUAGGACAAUGCUAGUUUUAAUCCUUUUUGUCUUUGUGAGCCCGGCUUGUUUGACCACGAUACCUCCUUUACCAGCCUGUGAUCAGUUAAAAUAUACCUAUAGUUCCCGAGGGGUGCCAGAAUAUGAUAUUCCUGGUAGACCAGUACAAGGUUUAGGACUACAGUUCUGCCCUAGUGGUCCAACAUGCUGUACACGGGCUAUAGAGGAGAAACUAGGGGCUUGGUCAGAACGGCAAUACAGGGAUGCUAUUUUUAACCGGACAACUUCAAUGGCGGCCGAGAUUGACCGUAAAGCUCAGCAAAUUGAUGAUUUUGUGUAUUCUCUGCUGAACAAAGCCCAGCGUGGUUUCCACGACAUGUUUACCAGAACCUAUGGAAUCAUGUACCAGAAGAAUGCUAACGUCUUUCAGGAUUAUUUUAAAGAUUUGAAGGUGUACUAUGACAGAGGAACACUUGACCUCGGGGACACCACAACUAACUUUUUUAAUAUUCUUUAUCAGAAGAUGUUUCAGGUUUUGAACUCGCAGUACACUUUCGACAGUUUGUACAUGAGCUGUGUAUCUGAAAAUAUGCAAGAACUCCAGCCCUUUGGCGACGUUCCUCGUAAACUCUCAAGUUCGGUCAAACGGUCACUGGUCGCUGCUCGCGCGCUGGUCAGAGCGCUCAAAACCGGUCAUGAAGUUGCAAACUUGUUAACUAAGGUUUCAGGUAACACAGAAAGUGUUUGAACAAUGUGGAACCCCCAGACUUUCUAGACGUGAAGCUCAAUCCUCCCAGUUUGUGUUUGAGAAAAGACUAGAGAAGAUACACCGAACUCCGGCCCGUCCUGCCAAAUCCGAGUUUGAAAUCAUGUUAAUGGAUUUAAAGAAGAAUCUGAAGAGUGUUGAGGGUUUCUGGUCCCUGCUCCCCUACCAGAUGUGUGACACACAGAUGGAGAAACCCUACAGAAAUAUCCGGGACCGGAGCAGCUGCUGGAAUGGGAAGGAUGUCGGGAACUACGACGGGAAGGUUCUGGAGGACGGGUUGAAAAACCAGGUGGAGAACCCUGAGGUUCCAGUGUCCCAGGAUACAACACAAACAAUCCUGGAGGAACAAAAGUUUAAGCUCCAGGGGUUGAGUAAUCAGCUGAAGUCAGCCUACAGAGGGUUGGAUAUAGAGUGGUGGGAUGAUACAGGAAAAGGAAAAAGUGAUACUCAGGACGAUGAGGGGAGUGGGGAGCUUAAACAGACUGAUCUAUAUGAUGAUGAGGACUAUGGUGAGCUGCAGGGGAGCGGGGGAGCUCCUACUGUUGAUGGGAGCGGAGCUGAACCUGAUUAUGAUGAUCAUGAUGAAGAUCUUGUUGUUCCAACCUGGCAUAAGGAGAAGAAACCCAAACCGUUUGAUCCGUUCCAACCUGGAACCACGGAGGAACCUGACGCUAGUGUUGAAACCAGUUUUACAGCCGGGUCUGGACGAGCAUUUACUGGUUCCAAACUGCGAGCGGUUGCCAGUUUUUUGGUUCCAAUUUUCACGUGCUAUAUUGGCAGUGUGUUUACAGAUAUACCUCAUUUCUUAACUUAGAAUCUCAACCAAGUAUUCUCCUACCCAAUCUAAUGCUUUCAUUCCAAAUAUGCUAAUUCGGAGAUCUAAAUUCUUAAAUCUUGAAAUGUGGAUUUUAAACAAAUCAUCUGAUGAAAUGAUCAUUAGUUAUCUUAAAGUAUAGCUCGAUACCAAAUCCAUAAACAAAUUUUGUGAAAAGAAAUCCUCGGAUUUCAUGUGAAAAAAUCCACGAAACCUCUCCGAUCUUCGGCUGUGAUUUAAACCGUAGUGUUUCAAGACUGCAUUCUCCUGUGAUUCUUUCAGAACAUAAACCUUUAACAAUCCAAUAUCUAACCGUUAUAUAGUUAAAUGUACUUUAAACGUGAAAUGCCCUUCAUUCAGAAAUAUACGAGCCCGUACGUUAAUAAAAAGAAAAGCGCGGCAUGAAUUUAAAAACUGCCAUUUUGUUUUUCUCAAUGAAUGUUUCUGUUAAAAUAUAUGUUAAUUGGCUCUGCAAGAGCGUUGUGUAUAGCUGUAUUAAUACAUUUAUCAACGUUGAAUAAAUUUAUAAUUAUAGAGA